CGAUCCUGUCGUCGUCUGGCCGCUAAAACGAACCCCCUGUCAACCAAAACCCCAAACGAGGUGUCUCAGACUCGAGUCGAAACAACUUCGGUUACAGCUACCACCACUCUAUGAAGGACAUAGUAUGGGGUCAAUUGAAUCCUCGUUUAAGCAUACUUAAUGUUCUUGUUCUUAAAAUCAAUCCCUCCUACUGAUCCUCAUGAUCUCCAUUUUCCUUCUCUCAUACCAUUCUCUCUGACCUGUUAUUAAUUAUUUUAUUUUUUAUUUCAUUUCUUUGAUUCCCUGUGUAGAUCACGAUGGAGUCCCAAAAAGCCCACUACGCCAACCUGCCGCACAUUGACGACCGUGAGGACUCGAGGUCCAGUACGGAGGUCGAGGAUUCUUUAAUGGGUGACGAGAAGCAAUGGCAUGAUGUGGAAUUAAAUAGGCCGAGAACACGGACGACGACAAGCAGAUUCAUUGCGGGCCUAAAAUCAAUGAGAUGGAUAAUUGAUACUGCAUUAUUAUUCAUAAUUCUGGCAUUAUUAAUUCGGGAUCAAUGGCGAAAACCUGUGGCUGAGAAUAAGGAAGUUGACAACCCAUGGCAAUUCGGCCAAGACUUUACGGGAGUUGGUCCUAGACUUACCUCGAAGAUCACGACAUUCGAAAGAGAUGAGUCGUAUGCGCCCAACAACACCGCAGAAUUCUUCUCAGAUGAGGUGUUGCAGCGAUGGAAUGGUCUCAUGCCUAAGGGCAUGGGAUUUGUCUGGGUGAAUGAUACGAACAAGUACCACGACCUCCCCCACCCAAUCGAAUGGCCCGACAAAACCGUCUUCACAACUUCCGCCACUCAUCAACUACACUGUCUUUUCGCUAUUGUCCAGACGUACUCAGGCCUAACAUCCGGCCACGAAAUACCCGGUGACCACCACUGGCACAUGAUCCACUGCUUCGACUACAUGCGUCAAGCCAUCAUGUGCAGCGCCGACAUGGCCUUGGAAGGCCUAGAGACGACCUUCCCGGACCACAACGGAGGCUCCGACGGCUGGGACUCGAAGCAUGUAUGUCGGGACUGGAGCCAAGUAAAGUCGUACCUCGAGAGCGUGCGAGCAUACGACGAUCAACUCAUUUACUGAUACGACGGUUUACUAAAAAAGAAACGGCAAUCGGAGUUUGGAGCGUUGGGUUUAUUUACUACAUAUCUUGCAUACCUCUAGGUACUUGUUCGGGAUCUAAAUUCCUUACCUUGAGACGAACUAGCAUAUAUACUAGGAGCAUAUCUCCUUUCUCUUCUUAUGUCGUCUAGCCUAGAAGGCGUAGCGGCUAGAGGAUUUGUACAUACCUACUCCGAAGAAUACUCACCCGCCUAGGUACCUACCUGGUAAAGGCAUGGGGGAGCCUUAAAUACUAUGACAAAUUCGGAGCGAAUUCGUCC